AUCGCCCCGCCCGGCGGACCGAGCGGCCCGGCAGCUCGGAGCCGAGCUUCGGGUCGGGAGCCGGGCUCUGCGCUCGUUUAUGGGCCGACUUUCAGCUGCCGCGUUCUCGGCUCGAUCUCUUUGUUUCCUUGAAGGUGAAGGGGAAGAAUAAAGCAGGAUGAGUAAGAGCAAGGACGACGCUCCGCAUGAGCUGGAGAGCCAGUUCGUGCUGCGGCUGCCGCCGGAAUACGCCUCCACUGUGAGAAGAGCAGUUCAGUCCGGGAGCGUCAACCUGAAGGACAGACUCACCAUUGAGCUGCACGCCGAUGGGCGCCAUGGGAUCGUUCGUGUGGAUCGGGUGCCGCUGGCAGCCAAGCUGGUGGACCUGCCCUGCAUCAUCGAGAGCUUAAAAACCAUCGAUAAGAAAACCUUCUAUAAGACAGCAGAUAUCUGCCAGAUGCUUGUUUGCACUGUGGAUGGCGAUCUCUACCCUCCUUUGGAAGAGCAGACUGUGAGCACUGACCCCAAGGCCAACAAAAAAAAGGACAAGGACAGAGAGAAGAAAUUCAUCUGGAACCAUGGCAUUACUCUUCCCCUGAAAAAUGUACGGAAGAGAAGAUUCCGGAAGACAGCUAAGAAGAAGUACAUCGAGUCUCCUGAUGUGGAGAAGGAGGUGAAGCGUCUCCUGAGCACCGAUGCUGAAGCUGUCAGUGUCCGCUGGGAAGUCAUUGCUGAAGAUGAAACAAAAGAAGUGGACAACCAUGGUUCACUCACAAGCCUGGACAUUUCUUCCCCAGGGAUGUCGGGACAUAAACAAGGCCAUGGCUCCUCAGAACAUGAUGAACUGCGGGAGAUAUUUAAUGACAUCAGCAGCAGCAGCGAAGAUGAAGAUGAGCGGGAUCAUCAUGACGAUGAAGACCUGAACAUUAUGGACACCGAGGAGGACUUGGAGAGGCAGCUGCAGGACAAACCAAGUGAAUCGGAUGGGCAGCAGCAGGAGAAUGAGGGCUCCAACCAGAUAGGUGAGUCAGGUGGCAAUGCUGCAGAAUCAAUGGGGUGCUGGGUGGCGCAGCCUCUGCUGCAGGUCUCAGCUCAUUCUCUUCCAGUCAUGGGCAUCCAGAAACAGAUCGACAACCUGAAGAGUAAACUCCAGGAGACCCAGGACAGGAGGAAGCGCCAGGAAGAUCUCAUCAUGAAAGUAGAGAACCUAGCCCUCAAGACCCGUCUCCAAGCUGUGCUGGAUGAGUUCAAACAGCAGGAAGAGCGAGAGAAGCAGCAGAUGACAUCUCUGCAGGAGCAGCUGGAGUCCCUCAUGGAGAAGUGAGGCAUGGGCCUGACCACAGCAGCAGGGCACACAGAGACAAGAGCAGCUGGAAGUGCUCCAUCUCAUGCUGAAGUCACUGCUGCUGCUUUAGGGCAGUGCAAGAGGUUCUGCAUCCAGCACUGCUCCUCCUUGCCUUGUGCUGAGCUUGGCUAUAGAGUUAGACCUGUGAGAGCAGCCACAUGCUGGGACUGGCUGUAAAUAUUCAUGAGGGUUUUGGUUCUCCCUGGGUCAGUGUGGUGCAGCUCUGUGCACCUCAUUGAGUCUUGAAUGUGGUGGGCUGUACCCUGGUGGGACCUUGUCACUGUAUUUGGGAAAUGCUUGUCUGCAAACCAGACUCAGUAAAGGACCAUUUCCAAC